AUGCUUUUCCACCGGCCUAGUCGAUCACUGACGUCGUGUAUUAAUCUAUCUUCUAACCAGUUGAAAGCCGAUGAUUCGAAUGCCGCUUCGUUCACAAUCGAGUCCUUCAAUAUGGAUAAUUUUGUAAGAUUGGACAGCGCCGCAACCCGUGCUUUGCACCUUUUGCCUGGUCCGGAUGAUAAAAACAAAUACCAUAGCGUAUUUGGUGUCUUGAACAACUGUCGUACUGCUCAAGGUCAGCGUCUUCUCGCCCAAUGGCUUCGUCAACCCCUCACUGAUCCGGUUAAAAUAGAUGAGCGCCUAGACAUGGUGGACUCGUUUGUUGUAGAAACCGGUGUGAGACAGGCACUGUACGAUGAUUUUCUCCGUCGUGUACCGGAUCUGCAACGUAUAACGAGGCGACUUCAGCGGAAAAAAGGAUGUGGGCUGCAGGUAAGCUUAUCUUAUGCUUACUUAUCACAGUCAUUGACCUGUUAA